AUGUUCGGGAAACCAGACAAAAUGGACGUUCGGUGCCACUCGGACGCAGAGGCUGCCCGAGUCUCGAAGAACGCGCACAAGGAGAGCCGGGAGAGCAAGGGUGCGGACGGGAACCUCUCCGCCGCCUUCCUCAAGGAGCCGCAGGGCGCCUUCUCAGCGUCGGGUGCCGCGGACGAUUGUAACAAAAGUAAAUCCAAUUCGGCCGCCGACCCGGAUUAUUGCCGCCGGAUCUUGGUCCGAGAUGCCAAGGGUUCCAUCCGAGAGAUCAUCCUGCCCAAGGGCCUGGACCUGGACCGGCCCAAGAGGACGCGCACGUCCUUCACUGCGGAGCAGCUCUACCGGCUGGAGAUGGAAUUUCAGCGCUGCCAGUACGUGGUGGGCCGAGAGAGAACCGAGCUCGCCAGGCAGCUUAACCUCUCCGAGACCCAGGUGAAAGUCUGGUUCCAGAACCGGCGCACGAAGCAGAAGAAGGACCAGGGCAAGGACUCGGAGCUGCGCUCGGUGGUGUCGGAGACGGCGGCCACGUGCAGCGUGCUGCGGCUGCUGGAGCAGGGCCGCCUGCUGUCGCCGCCCGGCCUGCCCGCGCUGCUGCCGCCUUGUGCCACCGGCGCGCUCGGCUCGGCGCUUCGCGGGCCCAGCCUGCCUGCCCUGGGCGCCGGAGCCGCUGCGGGUUCGGCCGCCGCCGCCGCGGCCGCCGCCCCGGGUCCCACCGGCGCCGCGUCGCCGCACCCGCCGGCUGUGGGCGGCGCUCCGGGCCCCGGGCCCGCUGGGCCAGGCGGACUGCAUGCGGGCGCGCCGGCUGCCGGCCACGGCCUCUUCAGCCUACCCGUACCGUCGCUGCUCGGCUCGGUCGCCAGCCGCCUCUCCUCCGCCCCGUUGACGAUGGCCGGUUCGCUGGCUGGAAAUUUGCAAGAACUCUCCGCCCGGUACCUGAGCUCCUCGGCCUUCGAGCCUUACUCCAGGACCAACAAUAAAGAAGGGGCCGAGAAAAAAGCGCUGGACUGA